GGCCAAUCCAAAUUUGCCAACUUUAGAAGACAAAGACCAUGACAAGCACCAACGACAACGAUGAUGACUGGCUGGUCUGUUUCGUAUUCGUUGUGAUCCUCUACUCGGUGAUAGCUGUUGUCCACAUUCUCUGUCCAGCUCGCAUCGUGAAGGGCUACGCCUGUAAUCCACUUAGCAUCAAGGACGAGAAUCCACAACCGCUCGAGUACUGUCUGAAUGGAUUCCGUUGCUUUUGGAUUGUCGUCGGUGGAUUUCUGGCGCUGCACUAUGUUCUUCCCAACAAGAUCAUUACUCUGUUUUUGCAGAAGAAUUACUUUGGAUGCGCCAUGGCGAGCAAUGGACUUGGAUUGUUGGUUUCCUUCUACUUUGUCUACAUUCGGUUCCCGUAUUCCUUGUCUCUACAAGAGCAAGCUGCCAAUGACAUUCGACGUGCACCCACUAUUGUUGCACUACAGACUACCAAUGUACCGAUUCAGCAGCAAGGCAACACCUUGGACGAACGAGGAUUUCACUUUUUCAAUGGUCGAGAACUGAACCCUCGGUUUCAUCUGGCUUGGGUCGACAACUGCUGGCCUCUGAAAAAUGACAACCUGAAACCGAAAAUCGACAGCUGUCACAACCAUACUAUUUUCGAUGUCAAAAUGUUUCUCUACAUUGUUGGAGCGUUAGUUUUGGAGCUUAACAUUCUAAGUGGUGUGUGGUGCGAGCAAGAACUUCGCGGCGACAACACCAAUUCCAAUGGCAUGCUGCUCUACACGGCUCUCUUUACGUGGUUCAUCCUGGAUUACAUGUGGUACGAAGAAAUCCAUCUCUAUACGUACGACCUAUUCGCCGAGAAGGUGGGAUUCAAAUUGAUUUGGGGAUGCUUUUGCUUUUAUCCUUUUGUCUACCCCAUUGGCGUACUUCCUUUUCUCAUGGCGCCAACCGCCGAAUCAGCUUGGAGUUUCCCCGCCAUGGCCCUCAUCACCCUGAUUUACAUUGCCGGGUCGGUCAUGACUCGAGGAGCCAAUUUGCAGAAGUAUUACUUUCGCCGCAAUCCGCACCAACGUCAAGUGGCUCUCUUUGGAGGACUCUUGGUCCUGCCUCAAGAAACAGUCCCAUCCAGCAACAAUCGACUCUUGUGUUCGGGCUUCUGGGGCUUGUCUCGACAUGUAAACUACAUUGGGGAAAUCUUGCAAGCCGUGGCUCUGGCCUUGCCUGGAUGGUGGCACAUUGUUACUGCUGCAGAGAACGACACUGGGAAUAAUGCGACUGUUCUCAUGUGGCUUCCAUGGUUGUAUCCGCUGUACUAUGUCGCUUUGUUUAUACCCAGACAAUUGGAAGAUGAACACAUGAUGAGGAGAAAGUAUGGAGACAAAGUGAUGGAUGACUACUGUGCCAGAGUACCAUACCGCAUGUUGCCAGGGGUUUACUAGCUAGCUAGUUGUCCCUUGUUGGAGCUUGUGUGGUCUGGACCCUCUUAAAAAGAGACUUGCCAUCAGAUUGAUCAUCAGCAAACGAAUCGAAUCAAAUAAAGCCUGGAGUUGGUUUGGAGAUGAUGGAAAAGAUGUAGUCAUAUAUUCAUUACAAGGAAAUGCUAUCUCGCUUUGACGCAACCGAACGAUCACAACCAAAGGCGGCGCUGCCCUCAUGUGUACUGGUAUCGUAUGUGCUGAGCGUUGUCACGGUACCUGGACCAGAGGGAGAUACCCAAUAACACUGCAUUGCCCCCUUGCCCUUGGCUUGAACCAGAUCCUCCCUCUUGGUCAACCAAGAUGAUUUGCCCCGGGCGGUGAGAAGAUCCGCCGUAGCCUGUGUCACCUGGAUUCUACCUGGGGAUCCGUUGGUUUCGCAACGGCUCGUAACAUUCAUUGUAUCCCCAAACAGCUGGAAACGUUGACCUCGAUUCGCCCGCAAGACACCACCGGUGACUGGGCCAGAAUGAAUGCCAAUGCGUGCCUAGAAAAGAGUGGAAAGGUGGAUAUACUUCAUCGUGAGUCAUGCAUUAACUUUUACAUUGCCCUGUUGAUACUGUAGCAAAGAAAGCUUACU